GGUAUGAGUUUAAAUCGUGUCAAUAGCUUCAAGUCGAAGUAAAAUGUAACACUAGUACGACAAAAGCAUAAAAAAAAAGGUGUAACUCAUUCUGUAUUAAAAGAGCGUCAAAAACAAUGAUGAUAUUGCCCAGAAUAAUACACAAUGCUUCAUAUCUUUUGGGUCGGCAUGGAUUAAAUAAUUUACUUUACUAUUUUAAACAAUAAUGACUAACCAUACCACCUCUCCUACUACUUCUGAUCCCCGUAAUACCCAUCAUGAAGUGUCUGAUACCCGCAACAGCCCAAAGUCCUCUCCUCGUCGUUCAGGAGAUCGCCAUGAUCUUCCUUUGAGUGAUUCGGAUCCAAAGGCCGCCAAACAAAAAGCUACCGAAGAAAAGCUUCAAAUGUUGAGCACUAUUCAAGCCAUGCAACAAGGAAAAAUGCCUCGGAACACUCAACUGAAUGAUCUCUUGAACAAAUUGAUUACCAACAAGGUCAUCUCUUCCAGAGAACAUAACAUGUCCCCCGACGGUAAAUUGCUCUUGAAUGAUUUCAGAAAGCUGUUAAAGACUGUUCAAAAAUCUUUGGCCGUUAAGAACAAAGAUGAGCUGUUUCAAUCUCUUGUCUAUCAUCUCCAUUGUAUGGAAUCACCUCUUUCAAAAGAUCAACUUGGUCAAACCAUCAAGGUAACUGACAAGAAUGUCGUUAAUGAAGAAGGAAAGCAAGGUUCCGAUGCAUUAUUCAAGAUCGGUAAAUUGAUCCUUCUCAACAAUGAAUUCCGUGCUCUCCUGGGUGAGUUGAUUGAUAUCUCCCAGGAAAUCUUCAGCAGUGUUUCAUCCAAGGUCGGGGACUCUCUUUCCAAUGCCGGCUCUGGUCUUCAAGAUGAUGAAAACCAUCCCAACAAGCGAGGCAAGAACUUUGUCGACAAGUAUCUUGACAAGGUCUUGGAUCAUAGCAAUAAGAAGAUGGAAAAUGAUCAUACUCGUGGUCUUACUCAACCCCAAGAGCCUAUGCAAGAUUCUCAUCAUCAUCGUACAUCACUUCAUGAUCAAGAACCUCGCCUUGUUAGCUCUCCUCAUGAUGAUCCCAGACAUCAAGGUCUUUUAAACACCGGCGAUUCUGUUCAUCCUAAUCUCAUUCCAGGUGGUUUCCCUGCAACUCCUUCCAUCGAAGGUCAAAAUGCUUUUGAUCAGAAUGGACAACAUGGCGCUUUAGGUCAACAACCUCCUCAUACCCAACCACAACAUGGUGUCUUAGGUCAACAACCUCUUCAUACCCAACAACACCAACAACAUAGUACUUUAGACCAGGACACUCUUCACAAUAACCAAGACCGUGGUAUCUUUAAUCACAAUAACCAACAUCAUGAACACGGUGUAUUGGGUAACCAUCAAACCACCAGUCCCGUUACACAUAUUGAUCCCCUUCAACAACAACAUGGUGAUCCUGCUUAUAACAACAACAAUGGAGGUACCAAUAACUAUCAACAAAAGCUUGAGAACAACCGUCUCUAUCAAAAUGCUCGUAAUGAAAUGUAUGAACAUAAGCAUCAUGCUCGUAACACCGUCAAGGAAAAGCUCCCUAAGGAAAAGCAAGAUGAAUUAAUUAGUCGACUCAAGCUAGCCAUUGCUCAAAUCCAAAAGCAUCCCGAAUACCAAGGUGCUAUCCAAACUUUAUUAAAGUUGUUGAAGGUGUGGACCACCCGUAUGACCCAAGUAUCCGAAGGUGUGAAGACUCAAGCAAGGGAAGGCGAUCAUCCUCAACAAGAUAACUAUCGAGAGCAAUCUGAACGUGAACUCAAGUCAAUUAUUGAAUGCUGGGCUCAAGGAUAUUCCAUUGAUCCUCUUCUCCAGGGUGUUCAACAAGUGAUGCGUGAUAUGCAAAACGAUCAAGAACUUCGUGAAUUUUACCAACAAGUGAUUCGAUACUCUGAUCGACUUGUGACUGAACCUGGAUAUGUUCAACGUGAAGAAUCUACGCAAGAAGGUAGACAAUUGAUGGAUGUGGGUAAUAGCAUGAUCAAGGGCAAAUACCGUGAAAACUUGAACUAUUUGUCGUCUGAAUCCCGCAAGAUUAUGAACUUGAUGGCGGAGGAUGAAAUCUCCAAGGAAUUGAACCAUCGUAUUGCUACUAUUCAUCAUGACCUUUGGAUGGACGGUGAAGGAAAUCCUGCUUUCAAGCCUCAUCUUUUAAAUGAUAUGAGAAUGACCUUGCUUCCCGCUUUAAUUGAUGAAAUCAAGUACAUCCCUGUCCCUCGUAUUGAUUAUAGUGAUCCUCAAUUUGACAUUGUGAUUGAAAACCUUGUGAUCUCUGGUGACAGUCUCUUACCUAACGUGUUUGAAACCAAGGUCGAAAGCUUUAACAGUUUCAGUCUCAAAUCCGACACCGAAUCCGCUCCUAGUCAUCAAAGCUUGCAUGUUCGUAUGAGUGAAAUCCAAGCUGAUAUCGAUGAUGUUGUCUUUUUUUAUAACAAGAAGACAGGUUUCCCCAAGUUGUCUGAUCGUGGUGUAGCCUCUUUAACUGUUGGCGGUAAGGGUAUCUCUAUCUCUCUUCGUAUCCAAAGUGUGGUCGACAACCCUGCCAAAACUUUCAAGGUCGCCUCUUGUAAAUGUAACGUGGAUAAUCUCAAGGUCAAGAUCCAAGAUAGUAACCAUAAUAUGUUGUAUAAGGCUAUCCAACCCUUGAUUCUGGGCAACAUACGAAAGCAAAUCGCCAAGGUGAUGGAAUUAAAGGUGACUGAAUUACUCAACAAGGCCGAUAGUAAGAUCACUCAAACGAUUGUUGAAAUGAACCAAAACCUUCAAAACAGAGCCUAUCAAGCACUCCCUGAACAUGAACAAAAUGCCACAAAGCCUCCUGCUCUCUCUCCCGCUCGUUCUCGUCCCGGAUUCUUCUCCACUGCUGUGAAAAUUAUCAAUAGUAACAUCAAGACCAAGGUUCAAAAACGUAAUGAAGCCAAGCGUAUGGAGCGUAUGUCCAUGUCUCAAGAUAGUCUCUCUUCUCAUUCCAAGACACAACUUGAAGGAGGUCGCCUCAACACACAUCCUGGUCAAUUCGAUGAGAAUUCCAUUGCUACAGAUCGUCAUCAUUAUAUUGCCAGUCCUCCUUUAUCCCCCACAUCAAAGGCCCAUAUGCCUACAACGAAUCAAUAUGGUGCUCAACCCACAGGCAACCAUGGUGCUGAUAUCUCUCCCAGCUCUUCUCAUUACAAGUUGGCUCAAGAUAUCCCUGAUGCGCAAUACAACCGUGCUGGUCAACAACCCCUUCAUGAUAUUUAA